UUCAAAUUGUUAAGGUAGAUGAUAGUGAAAAUGUUGUUAUUACUUUUGAUGAAACUGACUUUGAUAAAGUUAGUUGUUUAGAGUCUGAGACUGAAAGUGCAGAUUCUGAAAUAGUAGAAACUGCCAAAGGUAAGCGAAAUCUUAAGAUGAUUAUGAAAGCAAAUUUAACAUAUUCUUCAAAUCAAAAUACAGAUAGAAUUUCAAAAAAGUUUUGGCCAGUUACAUUUGAAAUUGAUGAAAGUUCUGAUGAGAUUGGUGAUGAUGAAAAUGCUAUUGUGAUAGAUUCUGAUAAUACUCCUGAAACAUCAGUGAGAGAUGAAUUAGGACCUCAGAUUAGGACACAUGAUUUGUCUUCAGCAACUACCGUUAAAAAUGUUUCUAAACCACUGCUCAGUAGAUCUAUUAUUGAAAGUAAGUUUAAACCAUCAGAAAGUAGGUCUAAAACUCCAAAAAAGAUUAAGGAUAAGUUACAUAUAAAAAGAAAUUCAAAACCAAGUAGGAGUAAAUCAAAAACACAUGUUGAUGCCAGUAUAGAUGAUAAGAACAUUCAGAAAAUAAUAGAUGGUGCAAUUUUAGAACUUGAAACAGUAAAGACAUUAACGCUUACCCAUGAUGUGAAUAGUAGCCAGGUUGGAGGACGGUCCAAGAUACCAUCAAUAAUGGAUGCCUUGAGAGUGUCGAAGGUUUUUCAACCUAGAGUUCUUGUUGAAAAGCUUCCAGUGCCUAAACCAAAUGUUGUGAAAGAAAGUGGUAAAAAAGAUCCAAAUUUGUAUUCAAAAGCAGAAAUGAAUGUUGAAGCUGUUGUAAAUAAACGCUCAAUGCCAAGCACCAUUAAACAUAUUGUGCAACCAACAGUAUUUGUAUUAAACCACCCAGCUCACACAAUGAGCAAAAACAAAGGUGAGGUUGAUACAAGUGUUGUUGAGAGAAAAACUGAUAGUGUAGGUCCAAGAUCAGAGCCAAGAAUGGUAAUUCACUAUUCAACUACUGACACAAGUGAUUCUGGAAAAUUCAAAGUAGUACCAAGAUUUCUUGUGAAAAAUAUUGCAAAAGCUCCUUCACAUGCACCUGAAGCACAUGUUGAUGUUAGUGAUCAUGAAAGAAAUGCUGAAAGAAUUAUGGAAACUGAGAUUUUUGAUCUGGAUUCACAAAACAAUGUCUUUGAUUUUCAUGAUGUUGACAAACAAAUCAAGGAAGAAAUUGUAAAAGAUUACACUUUAAACAUGUCUGGUAGCAUACAACCAAAAGUUAUCACGAGACUUCCAAAGUCUGAUCUGAACAAAAGACAGAAUGGUAUUAAUAUAUCUGGGAGAAACUCUCAGAGGAAAGAUGAUACUGUUGAUAGAAAUUUAGAUAUAGGAAACAAAAAAGAUGCAUGUCAUAGCAAACCAAACACAUCCACAAUAAGUGCAGACUUUAUAUCUGGUGUGACAGGAGUGACAUCUAAUAAGCUGCAGCCCAAAGUUGUUGUGAGUAGGCUAAGUAGGAAAAUGAUUAAUGAGUUAAAAUCUGAAAAGAAACAAAUGAAAAAGAAGUUAUCAACCAUUGACCAACAGAAAUUGAAGGAAAAGCUUGACAAAAAAUUUGCCGAGAUGGCUGAGGUGGAAGUCAAUAGACAAUUAAUAAAUAUCAAAAGGAUAAGAAGUGCAGUGGAUCAAGAAACUUGUGUUUACUGCUCUCUGUGUGAUAUAAAGUUCAAACAUACUGAUGAUUACACUGAUCAUGUGGCUAAAACCCAUCAUAUCAAAAGACUCUACCAGUGUAUGCUGUGUCAAGACUGUUUUCAAAGUAAAGUGUACUUCGACCUGCAUAUGCGCUCUGAACACAAAAAGAUUGUCAUGAAAUGUCCAAGUUGUGAGCAGUCUUUCUACCAAAUGUGUGACUUAACAAGACAUUACACUUUCUGUAAAAAACAGGCAUCACCUCAAAAUGUCAUUGUAACAUCCCUGAAUUUGAACGCUCUGAAAUCUCUGCAAAGUAAAGAUGGCAGGAAAGAAGUUAAGUCUGAGCCAACAGACAACAUUUUUGGGAAACCUAGAAUCGUUUUUAAGUAUAAUUGCUCAAAUUGUAAUGCUUCAUGUGAUUCCGUACAAGAGCUGUAUGUGCAUAUGAAGCAAGAACUCGAAAUGACGUAUCGAGAGCAAGCCAAGAACAAUGACAAGAGUCAAAAGAAAUCUGAAAAUAUGAAGGAUAAGGAUAGAUACAAAUGUGAUAAAUGUGACAGAAUGUUUAAAAACAAAGGCAUUUAUGAUAAACACAUGACUGCCCACAAAGGCUUAAAACCUUUCAAAUGCCCAAAAUGUAUUUAUUCAUUUGCGAAGAAGAGUAGCCUUACAUACCAUGUAUCUGUGUGUGGAACUGAAAAAGAAAACAAACGACUAAAAUGGAUGAAAAGAUUUGAUGUCAGGGGACAAAGAAAAGUUUUCAGAAUAGGGCCAUUCAAAUGUGAAAUUUGCACUGCAUCAUUUUUCAGGAAAACGAAUUUCAUGAGGCACAGAAAAAUAAAGCACAAGUUGUUCUUUGAGAGGAAAGCUUCAACCAAGGAGAAUGACAAAGGGUUUUCGGUGAGACUUGUUGAUCAAAAAGAAAUGAAGGGUUUGUCAUUCAAGGAAAAUAAAUAUGCUCGUCAUAAAACGCAGUGCAGAAUAUGUGGACAACAAUUUCCAAAUGAAAAUGCUUUAAGAAAACAUAGGUUUCUUGCUCAUUACAAAGAAGGACGUUUUUCCUGUGAUACUUGUCAAAAAAGAUUUUUAACUGAUGCAAGUCUAAAGAAACAUGUACAAACAAAGAAAGACAAAUGGAAAUGUGACAUUGAAAAUUGUUGUGCAGUCUUUUGUGAGCCAAGCAAACUGACUGUCCACACUUAUUCGCACAUCAGUGCCUAUCAGUAUGAGUGCUCAUGUAGACGACGUUUUGAAAAAAAAUGGGACUUCUAUCACCAUGUUAGAACAGAUAAAUGUAGGGUAGACUCUAAAACCCAGGAAGAAGUUGACAAGUUUUACUUUGAAGGUACUAAUAUUAAAGACACUCUUGUUGUUCCUCCAAAAGAUGCCCAGUACUAUGUGAUGAAAGAAGAAAAUGACACCGAUGGGAGUAAGGCUCCAUACAGUUGUUUUUUAUGUAAAAGACAGUUCAAGACUCCCUUGCUAGUAAAAAAGCACAUUAGGAAAAGGCAUUCUGGAAAAUUCAAGCCAAAGAAAUUUCUAUGUGAUAAGUGUGACUUCACUUCAGACUUUAACCAUUUGUUUAACAAACACUUGCAGAGACAUACAGCAAAGUACCCAUGCUUUCUCUGUAAAUGUUCAUUUGAAGAUAGAUUUGCAUUUGAAAUGCAUCUGAAAUUUCACUUCAAAGAUAAGUUUGAAUGUAGCUAUUGCUCCGAAAUGUUUUCCUCAAAGAAAGCUUGUUUUAUGCACAUUCUGCUAGAUCAUUCUAAGGAGGAAAGAAAGUUGAAAGUAAAAGAGGAGACUGACCCCAAGAUCGCAAGAGAAAAAGGUGUAAAUAAACACGAGAACAUAGAGGAAAGUAGAGUUUCUGAAGUAAAGGAAUGUCUAGGAAAUUCAGAUGAAAAUCAUUUUAAGGAAAUUGAAGAUGAAAAUGUGAUCCAGUCUGUAAGUCUGUUGGGUUUUCCAACAGAAUUGGGUUGCAAGCCAGAUACAGAUGAACAGUAUCAGCUUGGGUACAUGUUAAGCAUACCAGAAAUGUGUGCUCCUUCAUCAGAUCAGGAACUUUUGAACAAUAGUAUCGAGGAAAUGCUUGUUGAAACAACUGAAUCAAAUAUUGAUAAUGAAGUGGAAAACCAUGAGGUUUACAUUGAUAAUGCUGAAGGUAGAGGAAUUGAUACCGCUCAAUCUGAGUCAGAAGUUGUUACUAAUGAAGAUACUUUCAAGGAUGACCAAGGACUUGAAAACGAAUUUGAGGAUGAUAUUGAGCAGAAACCACAGAUUGGUUCAGACUCUAAUGAAGAGUUUAUGGCUGCAGUUAAUGUCGAAAACCCUGAGGGUGGCAUCCAAGCAAUCUAUGAGGAAGACAUGGGCAGGGAGGAUCUAUGUACAGUCGAGGAAUUGAAGAAUGGCACCAGAAAAAUAUACAAGGCACCACAUGAGAAUGUGCUUAAAAAUGCUGUGGGUCAGCCCAAACAGCUGGAUCUGGAUGUGGAUAUUGAAGGGCCUUUCUUUGAGUUUCGCCUUCCUGUGCCAUUGCUUGCAGAAAACUUAAAGCCGCUAUGGAGAAUGUACUGUUGCAACCUCUGUGAAAAUAAGUAUGAAAUGAAAGACGACUUGACGAAACAUUUCAAGAGCUGGCACACAGCAAAACGAACUUGCUUGGAAUGCCAAAUUAAGAUAUGUUCACCAUUACUGCUUACACACAUGUUCAACACUCAUUUAGCGAGAAAACCUUAUGUCUGCCCAUUUUGUUUAAAGACAUUUCUGAAAUCAAAUCGAUAUUGGCACCACGUGCAGAAAUAUCAUGGACGCUGUCAUUCUUGUAACCAGUGCGAGAAGAAAUUCUUCAAAAUUGGGGAUUUGAACUGGCAUAUACAUUAUACACAUGUGAAAAAAAUGUUCUGCUCGACUUGUGGGAAAAUAUUCACGGACAGAAACAUGCAUAUUGACCAUCUAUACAAUGUUCAUGGCAGAAAAAUAUUCAAAUCAUUCCACACGAGACUGAAAAAAUCGUGGGCACCAAAAAAGAGAUAUAAAUUGAAGAAAGAUGAGCAGAAAGCAGAGACCAAGACGGCGAAGAUUUCCAUGGUGGUGGCUUCGACCUCCAAAGAGGAUUUACCAGUUGCUAUGGAAACAGACGAGCCCACAACCUCCGCCACUCAGACACCUGCCCCUGAGCCUGGCACCAGUAAUUCACCAGCGACAAAAUUUAAGACUAUUGAUGUACCUGACUCAGAUGUGACGAUUGAGCUGUAUGCAGAUGGCACCCUGGUGACCAAGGACAAGUCCGGCACAAAUUACAGCAGGGUGAAGCUGGAGGACCUAGGACUAAACAAGGAGAUGCUAUCUGGGAACACAGACAUCGAGCUGCUAAUUGUGCAGGGAGAUGGGAAGGAGGUCCGUGCCUGCAUCAACACCAGCAUUCUUGAGAAUGCCGAGCCCUCAGACAAUCCGGAGAGUGACAGUAACAACAAGCAGACUGCGACUGUGGUGGAGGGGGGAAUACACAAUGUCCCUAAGGAGUCACUCACCGGCAAUGCUCUUAGGCCUUAUAAGUGCUCUAUGUGUCCAAGGACUUUUAAAUUUUACAGGACUUUUAGAUGCCAUGAGGUUGUACAUACUAAGGAGGUUACUUAUACAUGUCAUAUGUGUAAAAGAGUUUUUGCAAGGGAAACAAAUCUGGCUUCCCAUCUUGAGUUGCACCAGAAGAAAGCAGCUAUGGGGAUCACUGAAGUUAAGGAAAAGUUGAGCAAAGAUAAAAAGAAAGUACUGAAAGAACCUAAGCUGGAGAUGAAAGAAUGGAAAUGUGGCGAUUGUGAUGAGGUUUUCAUUGAGCACAAGGAAUUAAAGUACCAUAGAAGGAAAGUACAUUGUUCUAAAGGUCCUAAGCAAAUCUGCCCACAUUGUGACAAGACAUUUUCCACAGAGAGUGCCUUCCAGAAGCAUACAUCUGUACAUACUGGUCCAUUUGUCUGCCCUGUCUGUCAUGAAAGGAAUGAAGAGAUUGUCGAUCAUAUGAAGCACAUGGGAGACAAGCAUCAAGAUAAGACCUUAACCUGCACAAUAUGUGACAAAGUGGUGCUUAGCAAGCCAGACCUGUACCAGCAUGUUACAGUCAGGCAUGAGAAAGAACCUGAAGAGAAACUGCAAUCAAUGUAUGACCUUCUGUACCAGGAAUGUCAAAUCUGUCAAGAGAAAUUCUUGAAGAAGAAUGAUCUUGCCAAUCACAUGGAUACGGUACAUGAGGAGGAAAAAUCAGAGGUUUGUUUCUUCUGCGACAAAAGCUUCAUUAAGAAGGCACAGCUUAACACCCACAUUGGAAUGCAGCACAAAACAAUGGCUGUCUAUGAAUGCAGAAAGUGCCUUGAAGACGUGGCAAAGAAAGAUCUGUACAAUCACGGAAAGGUCCAACAUCUGCCACCAUACAAUUGUAAUGAAUGUAAGACUGAGUAUGAGUCUAGGAAUGAGAUGGAGCAACAUCAGUUUGAAGAGCAUGAUGGUGGAUUCUCCUGCAAGAAAUGUGACGUGAAGUUUACUUACUCCCAUGAGCUGAGAACCCACUACAAGAAUCACGAGCCUGGAUCCCAGCCAUUCCUCUGUGAUGAAUGUGGUGAAGGAUUUGAAAUCAAACCCCUGCUGAAGACUCACGUUCUGCAGCAACACUUCAAGAAUAAUCACUCAGAAAUGCUGAAGCAUCAUCCUGAAAUGAGUGGCGUCAACAAUGCUAUAACCUGUCUCAUAUGCGGAGAAUUUAAUUUUGAUUUCAAAAUGGUGUUUGCAAAGCAUAUGAGAGAUGAUCACUUCAAUGGUGAUUUAGAGCUUGCUUACACAGUCUUUCCAUGGUUAAAAGCCAACUUCCCACCCCCAGGAGAUCCACCUACCUGCGACACUUGUGGAAGGGAAUUCCUCACUUUGCCAGCUUUGAAAGCCCACAUGAAGGAUCAUGAACCAAGCAAGACAUACAGUAAAAAGCCAGCAGCAACUCCUAAGAAAGCUGCUUCUGAUGAAGAAAAUGAGUAUGAAGAAGAGCAAGUGGAUUUUACCCAUAUUGAGCCGAGGGAGACUGAAAAGGCUCAUAAGUGUGAGUUUUGUGAUGAAAGUUUUACACGGAAAGUAUCUCUGAAGAAGCACAUUAAGUCUAGACACAAGAAAGGUACAACUAAGGCAGCCAUUGGAAAGCUAGAAGAAAGGGAAGAAGAGAUAGACAAUGAACUUGAAAAUGAAUUGACUGAAGAUGUGGCAGAAACGAUUGAUUCAGAGGUUUCCAAGAGUCCAAGAAAGAAAGUGAAACUGAAUUUUUGUCAGAUCUGUGAAGAGAUGUUCAAGACCAUGGAAGAACUUAUAUCUCAUGUGAAGUCUGUCCAUGAAGAUAAUGAUGACAAACCAGAGGAUCUUGAGGUUAAUCCAGUCUCGUAUGAUCUUGAAAAGAAGGCAUGUCUGCUCUGCAGCACACCCUCAAACAUGAAGAAUUUCUUUUCUCGAUAUGGUGUUAGGAGACACAUGAGAAACUGUCAUGGCAUAACGAUCGAAGAUGAUGAUUCUGUGGAUACACCCAAAUCAAGUGAAAAGAAAAAGAAACCAGCAAAAGACAAAAUAUCGACCAGUCUGUUCAAUAAGAAAGAUACACCCAAGUCUCAGUUGAAGAAACCCAAAUCUAAGAAGCCAUUAGGAAAAGGUGCCAUGAAUAUUUCAAUCAAUACUGAUAUGGAUAGCACAGCUGAUGAAAUGGAUUAUGAAGAGACCAAUGAUAUAUCUGCUUUCCUUGGAAAGAAUUUUAACCUUGGAAAGGCUGUUCAAGGAAUGAUAAGUGAUGAGAUGGAAAGAGACGCUCGAGAGUGUAAAGAAUGUAACGAAAGCUUCAGUUGUUUGGAUACAUUGAAAAAGCAUAAGAUCUUACACGAGAUGAAGAAAAAUCCCUAUCUUAAAUUGGAUGAAGAAAUAUUGGGUAAAAUUUAUGCUUGUAAACAGUGUAAAAACAUGUACUCCAAUGCUCUGAGCCUUAUACACCAUAAUAGGUCUAAACAUGAUGGCGAUCAUGAAGAAGAAAUACUAUCCUAUGUUGAUGAAGUAGAUGGAAUACUCAAGAAAAUUAAAGAAAUCCAAGAGCAGAACAAGGGUAAAACUUCAAAGGCAAAGAAAAGAAAGAUGUCUUUACCGGAGUCAGAUGCAAGUUCACGUGCGAAGAAAAGAGAGAAACUCGAUAUUGCAACUGAACCGGAAAGCAUGACAAGUCCUCCUCAGUUCAGCAAAACUGGAAGACGGAUUACUAAGUCUAGAAAGCUGGUGGAGCAGUUUAGUUGUUAUAAGUGUAACAAGUCGUUUGAUAUGGAAAGAAGUUUAAAAAAUCACAUCAAAUUGGCCCAUGAUGCGAAAGAAUCGCCAAUCAAAGCUCAAUCAUCUCCUGUAUCUGGCUAUGAAUGCUCGAAAUGUAAUAGAGUAUUUGAUGAAAUGGUAAACCUGCGACGUCAUACGCUGAUGAAACACAAAGAACGAUGGGAAGCCACAGGUUUGAAAUCGGAAAACAGUGCUUCAGCACAGGUGAGCACAAGCACCAUGAUUUAUGAAUGUGACGUCUGUAACCAGAAAUUCUCUGUAUUGUCCGCAUUGCGCCACCAUAUGAUAUCUGUUCAUGAUGAAGAUGAUGAAGGAGAUGUAAAGGUCAAAGAAGAAGCUCUAGCCUGUACCAUCUGUUCACAGGAGUUUGCCUCACAGCACACACUGAAAAUCCAUAUGAGAAAACAUACUGGCGAAAAGCCGCAUACAUGCUGUGUAUGUUCCAACAGUUUUAUCUCUAAAUUCAAACUCCACUUGCAUUUGAAAAAGAUCCAUGCAAAACUCUGGAUGAAGAAGGUCCACUGUAAAACUUGCUUUGCCCUUUUCGAUAAUGAGAAGGCAAUGUUGAAACACAAAGAUGAGCACAAUAGAAGAGAUGAGGAGGAAGAUAUUUCAGACUCUGGGUCAUUGCAGCACAAAUGCAAGGAGUGUGGUAAGUCCUUCAAAUGGAAGAAAAAUCUUGAUUCCCAUAUGAAGUUUUUCCACGAGGAAACGUCAACGAAGACAUGUGGAGUGUGCAACAAAGUUUUUCCGAAUAAUAAACUCAUAGAGGAGCACAUGAAAACCCACAGUAACAAUUGCAAUUAUUGUGGAAAACAUUACACAUCUGAGAAUGUCUUGAAGACUCAUGAGUCUCAGUGUCGAAGCAAAAAAACUAGUGAAGGGAAGAUGACUUGUGACAUUUGUAAGAAGAAUUUUGCUAGUAAAGCCAAGCUUCUAGAGCACAUGCUUAAUCAUACUUCUAUAAAAUCUGCCAAAUGUGACCACUGUCUGGAGUCUUUUAAAGAUGAGUCAAGCUUGAAAUCUCAUAAAUGUAAAGCAAAGAAGACAACAAAGCAAUCUGGAACAAAAACUGAAUCGAAAAAGGACAAAUUGCCUACCAAUAAAAAGGGUCUGAAGAAAAUGCCUUCAAAGUUUGCCUGCGGGAAAUGCGGCAAGAAGUUUUCCAAGUUGUACCAAGUAAGAGACCACAAAAGGUUAGUUCAUAAAAUCAGUGUGUCGGACAAAAGUAGCUCAAUUCAAACAAGGCGAUCAUCAGCUGAAGCAGAAAGUACAUCAAAAUAUGGAAUGCGAACAGCAUCAGAGCGUAAAGCAAGUGCAGGAAAUCAAGACACUGAUGAUAAUGUGAAAACAACAUCAAAGCAAUAUACACCAAGUACACCACAAGCUUCAAGUUCUGAAAUGAAGACAUCAUCAAAAAAUGUCACAAGCUCCUCAAAGUUAACACCAAAACCUUCAGGAGUAAAAACACCAAAAACAUCUGGAACUCCACAACAGAAAGGUUCGUCAAAAGCUGCUGGAAAGACUCCAAAACCCAUUGGAAAAGCUACACUAACUCCUAAAGGAACUGGACAGGGCACAAAAUCCAAGAAAGAGGCACAGACUGUAACUAGCUCUUCUUCUAAAUCAAUUGAAAAAUCUGGUGAAGAAGUUCACAAAGUAGCUGUUUGUCCAAUCUGCUCAAAGACUUUGAAGAUGAAACGGUACUUGAGAGAUCAUUUGAAGAAUGUUCACAAAAUUGCUUCUGAGAAAAUCAAUGAAACUAUUGAGAAGGCGAAAACAAAGAGAGUGAAAUGCCUUUAUUGCAGAGAAUGCCACAAGAUGUUUUGGAGUAAUUCACUGUAUGAAGAGCAUAUAAGACAAAUGCACCCAGAUAAAGCUGCUCUUGAACUAGACAAACAGGUAAUGGAACAGCUGAUUAAAACUGAAGUCAGAAGUCCUCCAGUACCUACAUUAAUGGAAGGAGAUGCAUCUGAUGUGCAGUACAAAUGUGAAUUUUGCACUUCUAUAAUGUGGACAAAGGACAGUUUUGAUGACCAUAUAAUCGAGUUCCAUCCUGAGCAUGUGGUCGAAUAUGGAAUUCCUCAGGAGGCCCUGUCAAAAUCUAUGGAUGAAAACAGUGAUGAAGACCCAAGUAAUACACUGGAUGUUGAGGUGUACCAAGGUCUAACAUGUGAACAAUUGUCCACUCAGCCAGUGGUAAGAUUGCAGAAGAUGCCAGCUUCACCAAGCAAAAAAGCGCAAAACUUGGAGGUAAAAGAAAAGGGUGAAGAUAUGGGAGCAGAAGAACAUGCUGGAAAAGGUAUUGAGAAACUUACUAAAGGUCAAGAUGCUUCCUCAGAGGAUUCCAAUGGUAGUGUCAAUGAUACUGAUAUACAGAAGGAGUCAAACAGAACGUCAGAAAACGAGAAUUCUUCAGAUACAAAAACAAUGACUGAGUGUGACAAAGAACAAACCUAUGAUGUUGAUGAAAUACAGAGACAAGCUAUGGAGACAGAAAUGCCUGCUGUUGACUAUUACGAGUUUGAAUCAAACAAAGAUGGGGAAAUAAAUACAUCCACAGUCAGCACUGAAAAUGCUACUCCAGACGCAGGAACUGACACUUGUGAAAAGAGUGUAACUAGUCCAGACAAGGACACCCCUCAGUUACCUGAUGAUGGAGAUAGCCAGCAAGAAGGACAGAAAGAUGUGACGUUGAAGAAAGAGUGUCCAGAGAGUGAUGAUGUUGAACAUGUAGAUUCAAAAGAAGAUGACUCUGAACCAUGUAUUGAUGAUGUAAAGAAAGAUGAUGAAAUAACUACAGAUAGUCCUGUUGAUAAGAACAUAUUUGCUGUAGACCAAACAACAACAAAUUCUACAAGUGAAGUGGGUCAUGACAGUAUAGAACAAACUAAAGAUAAAGGAAAUGAUGAAGACGUUAACCAGGAAUAUGAAGCAGAAAAGGGUGAUAUGGUAAGCGUGGAAAUCAAUAAGGAAGCAAUGGAAAAUGGAAGUCCCAUUUUGGAACUAUUUGUUAAAACUGAAAGUGAAAUUAGACCUGACAUUGUAGAUGACAUGAGCAUUGUACCAAACUUUGGACAAUAUAGUGAAAUUACAGACCUGCCAAUAAGUGGUGGGCAAGAGACUGGUCAAACAGACGAAGGCAAUCAGGAUGAUCCAAUCAUAGAGCCAGCGUUACAAAAACCGGAUUCGCCCGUGACUGAGUCUGAACAACCCAGUCUGGUUUCUAUAGAGGAAGACAUUCCUGCACAAUAUGGCGGGACAGUAGGAGUAGCUGAAACAAACAAGAUGAAUGUCUUAGAUUCUCUUGAAUCGGCUGGUGUGAAUUAUAAUAGUUUUGAACAACACGUUGAAUAUAAAGCUGUAUCGGAACAAGACACUGGGCGAAUUAAUGAACAAAACGAUGUGAAUAUACCACACAAUGAAACACAAGGCACCGAUAUACAGGGUGUUCUAACAGGAGAGUUGAGUGAUUAUGAACCAAUGGACUUUGAGUAAUAAGACAAUAAGCAGUUGUAUGAUUCUGUCCUAAUGCAAACGUUAACUAAGAAAUUUACAUUUUUAGAUAAAAACAUCAAUUUCACGUGUUUAUUAUCGUUUUAAACUCUGAUAAACUUUGAAUUAUUUUGUAUUUAUUUUAAUGAUUACUAGAAUCUUGAAUUAUAUUGGUUAAUGUGAAUCUAUAUAUAUAUUGAUUUGAUUGCUUGGCAUACUUUUAUUACGGUUUUAUAUAUUAUUUCUGUUAAACCUAACCAGUUGCAUUUGUUAAUCUUUGUUAUGAAGUGUUUCUAAAUUAUGUCAAAAUAAGAUUGUCUCUUACUGUAAUCGUAAAAUAAUGUCCACCAUAAAGACAAAUACAGCUUAUUGAUAGUCAUAACAUGUUCUCAUGUAAUUUUGCUGAAAUGAUGUAUGUUUUAUUCGCGUUUUCAUCCAAUUGUGUUCAUUAUAACGACAUUCAUGUGUAAAUAAAGAUUGUACAGAG